AUGGACAUCAGGAAUACAUUAGCUUUCAUCGCUGCUGCAGGAGCUUGGAAAAUGUCUACCUCAGCUUCAGCCUCGAGCCCAAAUUCAAGUUUGACCACCGAACAGCCAACCCAAUGUCCUGUCACUGGCCACAAGACUGCAAAUGGAUCGGGCUGUCCUUUUUCCAACGGACUGCCUCUACCUGAUCCCGGUCAUAGGUGUGAUCCCUCAUCCAGAGAGGAGACUACAAUUCCAAAUGUACCACCCCUCACCCAGAAACAGAGGGAAAUAAUCAAGUCUACUGCCCCCAUUCUCGCGGAACAUGGUGUGACCAUUACCACUCAUUUCUACAAGAAUAUGAUUCGAGCUCAUCCCGAACUUCGAGAUGUUUUCUCCGAGUCUUCUCAGAAGCUCGGCCACCAACCUCGAGCACUCGCUUCAGCAGUCUACGCCUACGCAUGCAACAUCGAUGAUCUCACUCCUCUGCUGCCCGUCGUAGAUCGAAUAGCAUACAAGCACACUUCGCUACAUAUCGUCCCCGAGCAAUACGGUAUAGUAGGCAAACAUCUGAUUCAAGCUAUUGUCGAUAUCUUGGGUGACGCCGUCACACCUGAAAUUGGGGAUGCAUGGUAUAACGGUUAUUGGAAUUUAGCCAAGAUUUUCAUAAACCGAGAGAAAGAGUUCUACACUACCGCAGUUGAAUCAGGGGGAUGGGAAGGUUGGCGACAAUUCAAAGUUUUCAAGAAAGUCAAAGAAUCAGAUGAAAUCACUUCGUUCUACCUCAAACCAGUUGAAAACCCAGAUAACAAACCUUUGCCAAAGUAUCAUGCCGGUCAAUACCUUGCUGUUUCCUUGUACAUACCAGCAUUAGGACAUAAACAAGCUAGACAAUAUUCUCUAUCGGAUAAAUCGAAUGGAGAAUAUUUCAGAAUCUCAGUUAAGAGGGAAGAUGGUGUUGGGAUCCCGACGAAGGAGAAUCCAAAAGUACCAGAUCAUCCUGGGUGGAUCUCCAACCUUCUUCACGCGAAAUUACACGAAGGAUCACUCAUCGACGUUGCCUCUCCCUACGGUGAUUUCUUGUACGAACCAUCCCCGACCAGCCCUAACGCUCCUUUAGUACUGCUAUCGGCAGGAGUCGGUCAAACAGCUCUGUUGUCAAUCUUAAACUCUCAACUUGAUAAUUCCGAUAAACCAAUCACCUACGCUACUGUCGCUCGGAAUGAGAAGGUUCACGCGUUUUCAGAUCACAUAAGGAAUGUGGCAAAGGAACAUUCAAAUGUCAAAUAUAGAGUAUUCUACUCUUCGCCUUCCACCAGUGCUGUGCAGGGUAAAGAUUAUGAUGUUAGAGGUAGGAUGGAUCUGGCCCAGAUCAAGGACGAUCUUCAUUUAGAUGAUAAAACUGCUGAGUAUUACUUGUGCGGUCCAGAAAAUUUCAUGGUUGGUAAAUUUGUAGAACUAAAAUCUCUCGGUGUAGACGAGCAGAGGAUCCAUGUGGAAUUAUUCGCUGCAGGUGAUCUACCUCCCUCAGCGAAAUAA